CGCACACACGCACUCGCCAAACCGCGCAGCAGCUGCGGACGUCACGGUGCUGCUUUUGCGAUCGCCGCGAGUUAUUAGUUUUCGAGUUAUUAGUUUUCGAGUUAUUAGUUUUCGAGUUAUUAGUUUUCGAUUUCUUGUUUUGCGAACAAAGCGCGCUGUUGUGUGGCUGUAAAUUGAUGCGGACUUAACGUAGCCUACAACCGCCGCGCACGUCUCCUCCUGCAAGGUGAACUUUCAGCGUGGCGGGAGAGGGAGGGUCUUUGUGUUUACGAGUCCGCGCUAGUGUGAAAAGUUGGCUGAUGCGCCCCUCACGCCUCGCGCCCUCGCCGUGAAUCAUGUCGCGCCGUAAGCAAAAGCGACCCCAGCAGCUCGUGAACGCGGACCCGGGGGGCACGCUGCUGGCACCGCAAGAUGAUCAGCUGGUAGUGAAGUCACCAUCAACCUCUCUUGCCUCAGAAGCUACCUCAUCUUCCUCAUCCUCCUCAUCCCCCUCUUCUCUCCAAGAUUGUCAGCCUCCAUUGGCCCCGAGACCAUCCCCUGGGGGCCUGCAUGCUCCUUCGCUCCCCAGUGAAAACUCCUCUCCUCCCCACUGGGCCAGUCACAUUGCCCCCUACACUACUUCUCUUCCCAACACCCACUCUUCUCUUUCCCCAGAUUUCCCGCACCCAUCCCUGUCCUCCCAGACUCAGUCCCCUCCUCCUGUCCAGCAAAAGUCUGCCCAUAUUCCUGUACAUCAGCCUCACUCCACCAUAACCUCUCCUCAGAUGGGUAUCUCUGCUACAACAACUAAUUCCUCUGCCUCCUCCUCCUCAUCAUCAUCUCUUAAUGCCAUUCCACACCCAGGCAGUCCCAGUUCCGUCCAACAGACCCCCUCCAGCCCACCAGAGGAGGUACAAGUGCCACCAACUUUAGCCGUCCUCUUAGAGGAGCUUAGGGUCUUGCAGCAAAGACAGAUCCACCAGAUGCAAAUGACUGAGGAAAUCUGUAGGCAGGUUCUGCGCCUGGGUGGAGUCAUCGGCAAUCAGGAUACAGCUCAAGGAUCUUUAGAGAACCACCAGAGAAACUCCGGAUCACUCUCCCCAUCGCUAUCCUCAUCAGGUCCUUCACAGUCCACAGCUUCUCCUCUACCUACAGCUCUUCCAACAGUGAUCCCACAGGCUGUUGUUGCAAAGCCCAACAUCUCUCAUACUAAUGGACAUAGAGCUACAUAUUCCUCUUCAUCAUCCACACCCUCUUCUUCCACAUCAUCGCUUGUCACCUCAGUAGCUUCAGUGCACCCCCUGUCUCUGUCGCUGGGUCUUCCCCGUUACCUCCAUGAAAAAUCCCCAAAUACCUCACUGAGUCAUACCAGUGCUGUUAGUUUCCCCACUCCUUCACUGCUCACCUCCAGCCUCUCUCAGGAGCAGAUGCCCCUCAGCUCUGCUGUGGGAUCUUCAGGUGGUUCACUGAGCUCUUCUGCAGGGCGCCAGCAGCAUAUCUGUCGCUUUUGUGGAAAGGUGCUGAGCAGUGACUCCUCCUUGCAGAUCCACCUAAGGUCUCACACAGGUGAAAGGCCUUACCAAUGUCCUGUCUGCCUCAGUCGCUUUACUACACGUGGGAACCUCAAGGCCCACUUUCUGCGCCACCGGGAGCAGAACCCAGAGCUUUCUCUCUCCCUUCUCCCACCUGCCCUGUCAGAGCAGAGCCAAUCAGGAUCUGGCACUGGGGUGAGUCAGAGACGCAGGAAACGUCGUGCCGAAGAUGAAGAGCCUUUUGGGGUUAAAGGUGGGGUGGGUGUGCCUGAUGGCUUGGCUCUCGGUUUCCUAUCUGGGCCAUCUUCUCGCCUAUCUCCUUCCUCUCUGCCAUUGCCGCCCAGCGUAGAUCUUGCCCUGUUGUCCACUGCCCAUUCCCUGCUGCAGCUUAAUCGUGCCUCUGCUGCAGCAGUAGUCUCUGCUUCAGCAAGUGUACAGUCCUCUUCUGCAUCCACCACUUCCUCUUCAUCUUCCUCGGCCUUGGCAGGCCAGUUGAAGGGUGCUAAACAGCAGAGGUUUGAUGAGAACACACCUCCACACUCUACUUUGCAUCCCAGUUCUCCAUACUCCCAGUUGGCCCACCUCCCUAAAAUCCUCUUCCCCUCUGGUCCCUCUCCCCACCAUCCUGGUUUGGCUCUACUCCGCCCUCCUCACCUUCCCUCCCCCCACCCCCAGCUUACUUUCCCCUUCUCCCCUUACCCCAAACCCCAGACUUCUUCUCCCUCAUCUUCCUCUCCAUCCUCAUCGACUGCUACCUCUGACACCUCAAAACUCCAGAGGCUGGCUCAGAAGCUGGAGAAGCAGCCUCAAUCAAAAUUGUUCAGUGAAGACCAGAGUAAUGGUAGCACCCAGGCCAGUGACAUAUCAACAACAUCCAGUACUCUUACUAUCUCAGCAUACAGAAGGGAAAUGAUGGCAGCCUUGGGCCUAAACCCUAACCCCAACAGUGAGCUGAGCACCCAGAGCAUUUCAGGGUCUAUUCCCUCCCUGCCCUCUCUGGCACCUAACCAGUGUGGGAUAUGCCUGCGUGUGCUUAGUUGUCCCAGGGCACUACGCCUUCAUCAAGCCACACAUCUAGGCGAGCGCCCUUUUCCUUGCAAGCUUUGUGGCCGCUCCUUCUCCACCAAGGGCAGUCUGCGGGCUCAUCUGGCCACCCACAGAGCACGACCGCCCAAUGCACGCACCCAAAAUUCUUGUCCGCUAUGUCAGCGUAAGUUUACUAAUGCUGUGGUGCUACAGCAUCACAUUCGGAUGCAUUUGGGGGGUCAGUUGCCUCCAGAGGGGAAUGGAGAUGUGGGACCAGAGGAAGAAGCUAGUCAAAUAGGUAGUGUCACUCUGCCUAAGACCAUCCAGUCUCAUCCUCUUAAUAUGAGUACUACUAUUUCAUCUUCAACUGCUAGCACACUACAGUCAAGCACGGUUUCUAGAAAUACUACAUCACCUGAUGCACAUCAAGCAGUAGAGUCGGAUCAAGAUCCCUGUGACACACCAGGUACAAGCCCAACUCCAAUCACUGAUCCAGCCCUAGAGAAGCAAGACCACACUAGUUCUUCCACUUGUGACAGCCCCCCUGCUAACUCUUCUCCAGUAGAAGAACAUCCUGACAGUGAUGCUCACCCUAGCAUUGUUAGUGCUUAUGCCUCCAGUGCUCUUAAAGCCCAUCAAAACAGGUGUCAGACCAGUGCUGUAGUAAAUGGUAUGAUAGAUGAUGAUGAGAACAUUCCUCUGUCCCUUUGUACCAGAACCAGUUCUCAGGACUCUCUGCCCAACAACUGUGAUGUCUCAGGGGCUCCCAAUUCUACAGUGGUCAGUGGCCCAAAAUCCAGCCCAGAUUCUGCAGCUCUUGAUCUUUCCCCUGCACUCACACCCCCCUCCAGCCCUUCCCUUCAACCCAAGCCAGAUUUAAGUGGUUCACAGAAAACAGUGCCUGCAAAUGUAACCGGUCUGAAUCCUGAACCCAGAGGAGGAGACUUCCUAUCAGGCACUAAAAAAGAAUCUUUGCCCUCUUUAGCCAAUAAUGGAGCUCCAGAGGAGGAGACUGGGAACGUGAAUCUUGGGGAUGUUGAAGAGGCCAAGAAGGAGGAAGUGACUAACCCAAAUGUGGACGUGAAUCCUGGGAUUCAGGUUAAGGAUGAGGAAGGGAUUAUGGUGACUCAACCAAAUAUCCCAGUUAUCCCUUCACAGCCCCAACGCCCUGAGAAACCCUACAGCUGUGCACACUGUGGCAAAGAAUAUGCCAGCCGCAGUGGACUAAAGGGUCACAUGAAAAUCCACAGUGGAGGAACAAGCACUGGGGCGAAUGCUUCAGCUGUUGCUCUGCAGCCUUCAGAGGGAAACUGUAAGGACUCUGUGGAGUCAAGUCCUCAUUCAGCUAGUGGCAACCUUCAAAAAGACACUGGAAAUGCACUGGAGAAAAGCACAGAGAAAGUAUCCCCAGGAGAGGUUCCUCUAGCUACUGGUGGAUCAGCAGAUGGAGGGGCAGAGUCUGAGGACAUGGCCUAAAAGAAUGUGAUUGGUGGAAUGGCAUUUUUUUUGUCAAUUUUAGUGAUAAUUUUUACUAUUUUUAUGUUAGAUGUAGCUCUUAAAUUGUGAUAUUGUAGAACCGUAGUGACUUUGUUAACAUAAUAUUAGUGCCUUUUUUUGAAGACAAUGAAAUGUUGGUGUACACAAAGCAAGUCCUUGACUUCAAAUAAUUGGAUCCUCAGAAUUAAGGUGAAACAUGGUAUUUGUGUGUUACAAAUAUAAUUAUACAUUUUUAUGUCGAGGCAUUUUUGAAUCUGAAACAAUUUCAGAUUUCUAAGAGGCUUUUUACUCUGUUCAUUAAUAUGCUCAUGUUCAGAUUUUACUUGUCCACAUGAAAAGCCAGAUGUAAUCACACCCAAGAUGCAAUGUGAUUGGAUUAUGAUUGGAUCAGUCAAACCACAUUCUGAGGUGAUCUUGACUACAUUUAACACAAGUAUGAAUAGAAUGUGUCUUCUAUAUCCACAUUCAUCUUUUACAUAAGAGUAUAAACAAAGAAAGAUGGAUGAUGCACGAGGCUGGAGUUAUCAACCAAGUGCCUUCUUGCAAGCCAUAACAGAUCAUAACAGGUGGAAAAAGUUAAUGGAAAUAAACCAGAGAUAACUUGUGUUAGCAUGCUUUUUGUGUGGGAAAGUAAAAUCUCAUUGGGUCACACUGGGGUCGCAUUUUAUUCAAAAGUGCAAAUUGAAUCCGGCCAAAGUAUAUCCAGAUAUGAUCCGGACAUGAAACAUGUUAAUGCAAGUGUUACCAGCCUCAGUGAGUAUGAGAAUUUCUCAAUUUUGUCCACCAGGUAUAUUUCCAACAAUUAUCCAAUUAAGAAAAGAGGGAUUUGCCCUAAAAUGUGAUGGGUUGAAUAUUGCGUUAUACAAAAACUGAUCAGCUGAACUUCAGUUGGUCAGCGUAAAUAAAUAAAAAGGUUUCAUUUAUUUUCUUUAGCAUUGUUUUUCUCCCUCUACUCCAGUCAUCAUGCUGCUGUACGUAUUGGAUGUUACUCAGUGUAGUUGCACUGUUCUCAGCACUGUUUGUAUAGUCUUAAUCAACCCAUGUAUUCCACUAUGAAUUCUGUUCAAUCCAGUGACUUCAUCGAAAAAUGUUCUUCCUUCAGUGCUGCCAUCAUCCAGAUAAUAGUACUGAGGGCACUGUUUACACACUGAUUGAGAGAAAUGAUAAAUAACUACCAGUACAGCUUGUAUCAUAAUGAGAACAACAGCAGUGAAAGUAUGCCUUAACUCUCUAGGCAAUGCUUAGAGAUAACACUACUUGACCUGUAUCUGCAACACUAUAAUAUCAGUGACUGAUAGAGUUUGACUCACUUUAAUGGACCUGUUCAUUCCCAUUGAUCAGUACAAUAAAUGAGAGUAAGAACCUCAAGGGGCCUUUAGCUUUUGUGGGCUUUUUUGCCCAUAUACAUGCAUAUGUAUUGCCUGGUCAUUUGUUUUCUCUCUUGAAUUACUCAAGAGGAAUGCUGCCCUUUAUCGGUGCAUUGCACUGAACUGAAUUUAGCUGUCUUAGCUUUUCUUUUUUUCUUUGUGUUCCCCAUAAAUGUUGUCUUUUAAAAUUUGCUCCUACUUUGUUUUGAAGAGGAGGAAUAAAAGCCGAAUGAAUGUCAUGUCAUUCAGAUAAAUGCUUGUGUGGUUGUUGUUUUUUUUUUUCUGGACAUGUUAGGUGUGUGUAAUUGUGUGCCAGAUAUUGUAUGUACACUUUGUGUCACAGUGCCUUAAAGGGCCCAUUUCCUGCCAUGUCUUUGUAUUGUAUUGUUUCCCUGAGGUCCACUUAUGUUUGUGAGGUUUUAUUUACCAUUCAUACCAAUUUUCCAUGACCAUUUUCCAAUCUCUCUUCAUCCCUUGGAAUCAAACAGGCUGGGUCUUAUAAUCAGGAGAUCAUGCUGAACAUGCAUAUAUGCACCUUUUGUGACAUCACAAAAGACACAAUUAAAAACGGGCUGUUUUAAAGCUUAAUUUCGA